GGAUAUAAAGCCGAGAUGUCUCAGACGAUCAAGCUGGCCAACAAGGCUUCUUUGCUGGCUAGAUGUUUUCCCGAGAGCUGGGCAGAGCCGCUCUUUAAAUCUCAGCCCAAAGUUGUCAAAACUUACAAGACCCUGGCGGAGAUGCCCGGACCCAGCACUCUUAGCUUCCUGACCGACCUUUUUUGCAAAAAGGGGCUGUCCAGAUUGCAUGAACUCCAGAUUGAAAGCAAAGCCAAAUAUGGCCCCAUAUGGAAAGCCAGCUUCGGGCCCAUCCUCACUGUCAACGUUGCCGACCCUAGCCUGAUUGAGCAGGUCUUGAGACAGGAAGGCAAGCACCCCAUCCGCUCAGACCUCUCUUCCUGGAAGGAUUAUAGAGUGGCCCGAGGCCAUUCCUAUGGGCUGCUGACUGCGGAAGGCGAAGAGUGGCAGAAAAUCCGCAGCAUCCUCGGCAAGCACAUGUUGAAGCCUAAGGAGGUGGAGGCCUACACAGGCACUCUGAACGAGGUGGUCAGUGAUCUCAUUGGCCGGCUGGAGCACCAGCGGAAUCUUCACGAGCAGCACAUGGUCAAAGACGUGGCGGGCGAGUUCUACAAGUUUGGGUUAGAAGGCAUCUCUUCGGUCCUCUUUGAAUCCCGCAUCGGUUGCUUGGAGCCCAAAGUGCCCAAGGAGACAGAGACUUUCAUUAGUUCUAUCAACACCAUGUUUGUCAUGACCCUUCUCACCAUGGCAAUGCCCAAGAUCUUGCAUCGCAUCUUUCCUAAGCCAUGGCAGAAAUUCUGCGAGUCCUGGGACUACAUGUUUGCAUUUGCCAAGGGACACAUUGACAAGCGGAUGGCGGAGAUUUCAGAGAGGAUCUCACACGGGGAGAAGGUGGAAGGGAAAUAUUUGACUUACUACCUGGCUCAGGAGAAAUUGUCCAUGAAAUCCAUCUAUGGGAAUGUGACUGAACUUUUGUUGGCUGGCGUGGACACGAUCUCAAGCACUUUGUCCUGGAGCCUGUAUGAACUCUCCCGACACCCUCAGGUGCAGGCAAACCUCUACAAGGAAAUUAUGGCAACAAUGAAAGACAACCCUGUCCCGACAGCUGCUGAUGUAGCCAAAAUGCCCCUGCUGAAGGCGGUGAUGAAGGAAACACUGAGGCUGUACCCCGUGAUUCCUGGCAAUGCACGUGUCAUCUCGGACAAGGAUAUCCAAGUGGGAAACUACAUCAUCCCUAAAAAAACUCUGAUCAGCCUCUGCCAGUAUGCCACCUCUCGUGAUGAGAAGUACUUCUCCAAUCCCAACUCCUUCCAGCCGGAGCGAUGGCUGCAAAAGGAAGACUCACAUCACCCCUACGCCUCCAUCCCUUUUGGCUUUGGCAAGCGCAGCUGUGUAGGCCGGCGCAUCGCAGAGCUGGAAGUGUAUCUGGCUCUGGCCAGGAUCUUGAUGCAUUUUGAAGUAAAGCCAGCACAAGAAGGACAUGCUGUGAAACCCAUGACGCGCACUCUCUUGGUACCCGAGACAGAAAUCAGCCUCCAGUUUCUGAGCCGCUAAUGCAGGCUUGAAGCAGAACCACCGACCUGAGCUUCCCCAACGAGGCACAAAAGAGCACGAGGCCAAGAGGGGAAAUUGCCUAGUAGGCUGGAGUGAAGCUGAUCUUCUGAAUGUCUUGCUGGACACUCAAGAGACUAACAGCCAGGAGCAUAAUCUGUGACGAAGAAAGAGUUCAACAUUGUUCCACUGACUAGGGUGUGCUCAAGGAGUAACCAAGGUUGUCUGUAAUGUCUUACACUUUGAUAGGUUUCAAAGGGGAGGUUCGUGACCUGCUUUGCUAAGGAGGAGUCCUCCUGUGCCAGAGCUUUUCCACUGUAGAGUGUUCACACACACCUGAAGAGCAAUGCCAGGAAGAGCAGGAUGUUCUGAGCGUGUGUGCUGCCUUUAUUGCUUCCCAGGACUUUCUAAAAUCAGGUUCAAGAGUGAGAAACAGACAAUUAGAAUUCUGUGCAUUUGCAUACUGUACUGAAGCUGUAAAUGUGAUAGCAAGUGUGCAUUCAGAUAUGCAUUUCCAACAGUCCAUUGAGUCACGAUUCGCAAAAUCCACUUCAAGUUGAAGUGGUCCUCUCUCUUAAAUGUGAGUUAGUGGAUGGCAUUUUGCAGUGAUCUUCAGUGCGGUGCCCAGCAAUGUGUUUCUGGUUCCCACCUGAUUCAGCCCUCCACAUACCUCUUUUCUAAAGCAAAGAGCUAAUCCUGGUUUUCUUCCACCUCACUGGAAGACCAUACGCAGCAUCAGCUUUGGGUCCACCAGAAGUGCCCAUAUGGAAAUAACUGUCCCCAUCACAGGAGGAUGCUUAGUUUGAAACUUCCCACCAUUUUGUAAUUCCCUCCUAUGUCAGCCAUUUUGUGAUUGGCUCUGCUUUUAUGGCAGCCAUUUUGUCAAAGUGCCUAUUACCCUUUCCCAAAACUUCCAAAAGAGCCAAUAGAUUCAAUUAGGUUGAAUAGUCCUACGGAUGCCAACUUUUAAAACCGGUCCCUCAAGCUGUCCCUUUAAUAACAAUUUGAUCUGGAAGCAAUUUUCAGCUUUUGUAAUUUGCCUCCAUGCCAUGAAAAGCUCCAAUGCCCAUUUUUGCACAUUAAAUGUGUGUUAAAGGGACAGGGCAUCCCUUCCCAGCCAGUUGGCAACCGUGUUGAGGACCCCUGCCACAUUGAAUGCAAAACCAAGUAAGGUUACCCAAUGUCGUCUUUUUAAAGGACAUACUGUCUUUUUUUGGGUGGCCAUCCUUUUUGGGGCUCUUUUUAAAACACUGAUGAAAAUGUCCUCUUUUGGGGUUGGGAGGCUGAGCCUGUUUUGCCCUAUAGUCCCCCAGUGGAGGCAAGCUUCAGUGUAUGUUCAAAAUUAGAUUUGUCAUAGUGAUCAGUUGAAGUAGUCAGUCGGGAAAUGUGUCCUCUUUUUCGCUUUUCAAAAUAUGGUAACCCUAACAUCAGGUGAAUGUCAACAUGCAAUCUUCUGUGACUAUUAUUAUUAUUUUGUAGAUACAGCCUGCUUCACUUGCUAUGUACAGGGGAAAAAACCAAACAUUUCUGGAAGUCUUACAUGUCCUCACUCAGGUUUAGAAAGCCUGGUGAAAUGCCAAACUUCCUCUCCUAUCUUGUGCUUGAAACUAGAACUGGGUCAUCUCCAGCAAAAGAUUAUUUAGUAACAGAAAUCUUUCUGUACUUGACUACAGCCUCUGCCAGUCAAAGCAGAGACAAAACGGAGACAGUGGACUUGGUAUAAGGGGACUUCAUAUAUUGGGAAAAAAGCAAACACAAAGGAUUCAAAGUUGGGUUCAAUAUACCCUGUCAGAAUGUGCAAUUACUCUUUUUCAUAUAUAUUCACCAAGUUUUUAUUAUUAAUGUUAUGCUAAAAAUCAUUCAUAUUUAAUACAUAUUUAUAUUUUAGCCUAUAAUUUAUAAAAGUUCUUCCUGCAAGGUGGCAGAAGCUGUUAACAUGAUUAAUUGUUUUUUUCAAAGUACAUUCCGCUUUUCUGUAUUUGAAACAUCUGCUGCA